AUGGCCCCACCAACCUUCGCUGAUCUCGGCAAGUCGGCCAAGGAUCUCUUCAGCAAGGGAUAUAACCACGGGCUCGUCAAGGUCGAGACUACGACCACUUCUGGAGACAACAAGGAGGUCGAGUUCAAGACCAACGCCACCCACAACCUCGGCACUGGCAAGCUCGGCGGAAACUUGGACGUCAAGUACAAGGUCCCCAAAUACGGGCUUACCUUGACCGAGAAGUGGAACACCGAGAACCAGCUCGGCACUGUCAUCGAAGUAAAUGAGCAGUUCGGCCGCGGAUUGAAGCUGACCUUCGACUCUGUCUAUGCCCCGCACAGCGGAAAGCGAUCUGGCAAGCUGAAGGCCGACUGGUCUCACCCGACCGCCAGGAUCACCGCCGACAUUGGGCUUACGGCAUCGCCUGUCAUCAACGCCGCCGGAGUGUUCGCGCGCGACGGCUGGUUGUUCGGAGCCCAGGCGACCUUUGACACCACCACCAACAAGCUUGCCGGAACACAACUGUCUUUCGGCCACCAGGCUGGAGACUACACCAUCCACACCGCCGUCAUCAACUCCAAUGACUUUGGAGCCUCGCUCUUCCACAGAAUUGGCCGCAACGUUGAGCUCGGAGCUCAGCUUGGCUGGAAGACCGGCGCCAGCGGAGUCACCUAUGGCUUGGCCACCAAGUAUGCCCCAAGCAAGGACAUCGUCUUCCGCGGAAAGAUCAACAACGAAUCAAACGUUGCCAUCUCUGCCACCCACUCUAUCUCGCAAGGACUCAACCUCAACCUCACUUCGCACUUCAACCUCACCAACAACGAGGCCCACAAGUUCGGACUUGGACUGGAAUACACGCCA